AGUGGGGUUAGGUGGGGGUCCCCGCAAUCCCUGGAACUUUUACCCAAACCCAUUUACAAUGGGAGGCUAGGAAAAGUUCUUCCUUUAGCAAACAGAGUGCUACAACCAGACCCAGGUUAAGCUAGCUAGCAGUGUUGUUGUUGUUUAGUCGUUUAGUCGUGUCCGACUCUUCGUGACCCCAUGGACCAUAGCGACCAUAGCUAGCAGUAGCACCCCAGUAAUGCUUCUUCCCAUUUACGGCUUGUCUCACUUGCUUAAGUUGUCUGUUAGCUGUUCUCUCUGCUUGUUGUGGCACCUGAGAAACAUCACAGGUUCAUUGCAUCAGAGAAAGCUUCCAUUGAGUAGUAGAGCCUGUUUUGUUAGAUGCUCUUCAGUGUUGGCUCUAUGUUAAUUUUGUAUGUGGGGGUUGAUGGAGGCAAGGAAGCAUUCCUGUCUUGUUUUUCGGGUGGUGGGUUUGAUGGCCCAUUUGGCCUGUUGGUUCUAAUAAUCCUUCUACCCACUCGCAGAGGCCCCGUGAAGUUUGUGACGGAAUAGGGUGCUAAUGCCACUCCAGUGUGCUGGUCAUUCCCAGAACCGCCCUCAAACACGAGGAGGAGGAGGACAUUCAAUGCCUGCUUGCUGUUCCGGUUUUUCAAUGAGAUUUGAAAACAUCAAGGAGCUUAAUCUGACGUAGGCUGGAGAUGUUCUGUGGGUUUGGAGGCCGUGCCUGUUUGGGGUGGGAAGACUGUAGGAUGUAUGAAUUAGGGAGUUUAAAAUGUCACUGGGAAUUUUUUUUCUGGUCCUUGACCCUGCCCUCAGGCAAGUGAAGGAACCUGUGUUCCAGGAGCAGAAAGGAUACCAACAUGUUGACUUCUCCCUCCCUUCUUAAAUCCACAGGGGUGUGACGCUCUGGAGUCUCCUGAUGUUGGUGGAGGCAAUGCUGGGUGUUGGUGGCAGGGUUUAAUCAUUGGUUCCAGGUCAUCCCCGAGCAACCAAGAAGUUGGGAGGUGGAGAUUGGGAGCAUAAGAUACGCGCCCCUUGUUGUCAGGAGUUAUUUUUAGGAGAAUGACCGGUCCUUCGUGUAUGUUCCGAAUACACAGAAACAUUCCCGAUCCGGGGGUGCGUUGGGGAAGAGGGAGAAUGCAAAGUUGCCCUGUCUCUGGGUCCUAUCGAGGGGCACACUGUUGCAUUUUCCUCCUGGGAACACAAGAUGGGUAAAAUAACACCGCUUAUUUGGGUCAGCUGAGGUGGACGUAUACAGACUUCUUUGAGUCCCCUUCGUAUAGCGGUCCGGCUACUUUUCUGGUAUCCGUGGAGCAUGCUGCGGCUUGAAACCAUUCCUGUGGCUGAUUGUAAAUGCUUCCCAAAUAUUCAUCUGUUGUUAACAAGGUAAUCCCACCUGUGAGCUGCAGCCAAAUUUGACCCAAAAUGGCCGGCGCUUCCGUCAAAGUGGCUGUCCGGGUCCGGCCAUUCAACGCCCGCGAAAUCAGCCGGGACGCCAAAUGUAUCAUUCAGAUGCAGGGGAAAACAACCUGUAUCGCCAACCCCAAGCAGGCAAAAGAUGCCCUCAAGAAUUUCACCUUUGACUACUCCUACUGGUCUCACACCUCGGAAGAGGACCCCAACUUUGCUUCCCAGAGGCAGGUCUACAAGGACAUCGGGGAGGAGAUGCUGCUGCACUCUUUCGAGGGCUACAACGUCUGCAUCUUCGCCUACGGGCAGACGGGCGGCGGCAAGUCCUACACCAUGAUGGGCAAGCAGGAGAAGGACCAGCAAGGCAUCAUCCCUCAGCUCUGUGAAGACCUCUUUGCCCGAGUGAACGAGAACAAAUGCCCCAACCUCUCGUAUUCUGUGGAGGUGAGCUACAUGGAAAUCUACUGCGAGCGCGUGCGCGACCUCCUCAACCCCAAGAGCCGCGGGAACCUCCGCGUACGGGAACACCCCAUCAUGGGCCCUUACGUCGAGGACCUCUCCAAGCUGGCCGUCACCUCCUACGAAGACAUUGCCGACCUUAUGGACUGUGGCAACAAAGCCAGGACUGUCGCAGCCACCAACAUGAAUGAAACCAGCAGCCGCUCCCAUGCCGUUUUCACCAUCGUGUUCACGCAGCGCCGCCACGACGAACUCACAGACCUUGACACAGAGAAGGUCAGCAAAAUCAGCCUGGUGGACCUGGCAGGGAGCGAGCGGGCGGAUUCAUCAGGAGCCAAGGGCACAAGGCUAAAGGAAGGCGCCAACAUCAACAAAUCUCUGACCACGCUGGGCAAAGUUAUCUCUGCGCUGGCAGAGAUGCAAAACAACAAGAAAAAGAAGUCUGAGUUCAUCCCCUAUCGUGACUCGGUGCUCACCUGGUUGCUGAAAGAGAACUUGGGGGGCAAUUCCCGCACAGCCAUGAUUGCUGCCCUCAGCCCGGCUGACAUCAACUAUGAGGAGACACUGAGCACCCUCCGUUAUGCCGACCGCACCAAGCAGAUUCGCUGCAACGCCGUCAUCAACGAAGAUCCCAAUGCCCGCCUCAUCCGGGAGCUCAAAGAGGAAGUGGCCAGGCUCCGGGACCUCCUCUCUGCCCAGGGGCUCUCAGCCACCACCUUCGCUGGCGCGAAGCCUGACGACCCGGGGGGCGGACUGGGCCUGCCCAUCUCCCCCUUUGCCCAGAGUGAGGACUCCUCCCUCCUCCUGGAGCCCCUGCCCCUCAACGGGGAGUCUGAGUCAUACCCCGACAUGGAGGAGGAGAUGAUUUGCACAGAAGAGGCCAUGGAGAGGCUCCAGGAGACGGAAAAGAUCAUUGCAGAACUCAAUGAAACCUGGGAGGAAAAGCUGCGGAAAACAGAGGCCAUCCGGAUGGAGCGAGAGGCUCUCCUGGCAGAGAUGGGCGUGGCUCUCCGGGAAGAUGGGGGCACGGUGGGGGUCUUUUCCCCCAAGAAGACUCCGCACCUGGUAAACCUGAACGAGGAUCCGCUGAUGUCUGAGUGCCUCCUCUACCACAUCAAGGACGGCAUCACCCGAGUUGGCCAGCAGAACGUGGACAUCAAACUGACGGGGCAGUUCAUCAGAGAGCAGCAUUGCGUCUUCUGCAGUGUCACCAACGAGUCUGGAGAAGUGGUUGUCACCCUGGAGCCGCAUGAAGGUGCUGAGACCUAUGUGAAUGGGAAGCAGGUGCUGGAGCCGCUGGUGCUGAGAUCAGGGAACCGCAUCGUCAUGGGCAAGAACCACGUUUUCCGUUUCAACCACCCAGAGCAGGCGCGGCUGGAACGGGAGCGCAACACCCCCGCGGAGAGCCAGGCCGAGCCAGUCGACUGGAACUUUGCCCAGCGGGAGCUGCUGGAGAAGCAAGGAAUCGACAUCAAGCUGGAGAUGGAGAAGAGGCUUCAGGACCUGGAGACGCAGUAUCGCCGUGAGAAGGAGGAGGCGGACUUGCUUCUGGAGCAGCAAAGGCUGUAUGCAGAUUCUGACAGCGGGGACGACUCAGACAAGCGCUCCUGCGAGGAGAGCUGGCGCCUGAUCUCCUCUCUGCGCGAGAAGCUCCCGGCCACCAAGGUGCAGACCAUUGUGCGCCGCUGCGGCCUGCCCAGCUCGGGCAAGAAGCGGGAGCCGCUCCGUGUCUACCAGAUCCCCCAACGGCGGCGGGCAGCGAAGGACCCCCGCUGGCUGACCCUGGCCGACCUCAAGAUGCAGGCGGUCAAGGAGAUCUGCUACGAGGUGGCCCUCAACGACUUCCGCCACUCGCGCCAGGAGAUCGAGGCCCUGAGCAUCGUCAAAAUGAAGGAGCUGUGCCGCCUCUACGGAAAGCGCGACCCCAACGAGCGCGACAGCUGGCGCGCCGUGGCCCGUGACGUCUGGGACACGGUGGGCGUGGGCGAGGCUGACGGCACGGCAGGGGGCGGAGGAGGAGGGGGCUCCUCGGAGGUCCGCACGGGAGGCACACCCAGCGCGGAUGUGGACGACCUCCGGGCCCACAUCGACAAGCUGACCGACAUUCUGCAGGAGGUGAAGAUCCAGAACAACAUGAAGGACGAGGAGAUUCGGGCGCUGAGGGACCGUGUGGUCAAGAUGGAGCGUGUCAUCCCCAUCUCAGCCCAGGAGGACGAAGACCUCGAGAAUGAGUGGGGCUCGCUGCUCUUCUCCGAGGGGCUCACUCCGUCGGAGGAGGAUGACCCCAAGGAGGACCAGGCGGGUGGCCAGGACUCCCUGACCCCCAGGGAGGCUGGGGAGGAGAGGAGGGGCCCAUCUCCGGCCUCCCCAACUUGCUGCGACCGCGUCUCCCGCCUGAUGGAGAAGGACCCGGCCUUCCGCCGCGGGCGCCUCCGCUGGCUGCGCCAGGAGCAAGUACGACUCCAGAGCCUGCAGCAGCAGCAGCUGGCCAAGGCCCUGCGUCGCACGCAGCCCCACGCCACCCCGGGCAAAUUCAUUCCCCCCCAGGACUGCAAACUGCGGUUCCCCUUCAAGAGCAACCCCCAGCACCGCUACUCCUGGGCGCCUGGCUCCGCCUUCAUGGUGGAGAGUGAGCCAGCCGCCGGCCAGGCGAAGGAGGAGAAGGGGCCCGAGUCCUUCCCCCCGCGGCCCGCCAGCCCCCGCCCCACCCGGAAGAGCAGCCCCGCGCCCCAGCAGAACAGGCGCUCUGCCCCACCUCGCCGCAACUCCCUGGAAGGCGGGCAGGCGCGCGGGAGGCGGGGCCCUGCGCAGGAGCACUACCAGGCCCGCAAGCACAACUACUACCCCCGCCAGCACCAGCCCUACCCGCAGCACCGGCCCGCCAACCCCCCGGACGGCGGCCCCCCGCCCCGCAUGCGCCGGCAGAGGUCAGCCCCCAACCUGCAAGAGCGUGAGAGUGCUGUGUGACCCAGGACGACCUGGCACUCCCUGGCCAGACGGAUGCAGGAGGGGGGCGCACAGGGAAGUGGCAGCAGUAGCCUCAGAUUAUGGGAGCCCCCCCCCCCCGGACGGCUGCCCACCUGCCAUGGACGGACAUGACCCUUGUUCUGCAGCACAGAGCUUCCUUUGGGUGGGGCAAGGGAAACUUGGGUGAUGGAGGGUGGAUGUUUGAGCGCUUUUGCAGAUUCAGGAGGUGCCAAGUCGGAUCAGCGGGGUCUUUUCUGGCGGGGAAAGCCAAAGAGGUCAUUGUAGGGGUGAUCAUAGGAACGGGUUUAGGAGGGGGAAAGGAUGGGUUGCUGUUUGGUUUUACGGUUGUGCGAUAGAGGAGGUUGUGGAGGGUUUGUGCAAAGCAGGUUUGUGGGAGGAGGUCAGGAGAGUUUGGCGCAAGAGGCCUUCCGACCGUGGAAGGUGGUGGGCUUCCUCUUCAGCAGAGGUUGGACGUCCGCCUGUCAGGGAUUCUUGGGCUGCGAUUCCUGCAUCACGGGGGUUGGACUAGAGGACCCUUGGGGGUGCCUUCCACCUCUACAAGUAUAAGGAAAGAAUGGGUGGGUUUGUCCAGAGAAGGCCAUGGUAAGAAUGGGGUGUGGGGUGGGGCUGAGGGGCUUCCCCUGCACCCCAGUUGCACCUCUCCCUAAAGUCAAAGCAUGGGUGUCCUGCCUGCCUAUUUUAGACAAUUCCAAAGCGGGGCAUAGGCGUAGUUCAGCCACCCCUUGGCUUGCUGGUGGAGGGGCGGUUGCUGCAUUGGGACACUCCCAUCCCCUUCUUUGUGUGGUAGGUGGGCUGGAGCACAUUGGCGGCCUUUUAACUGGAGUUGCCCUGCCCUCCCCACCCCAAGUAACAGCCUGUUUUGUUGAAAGGGAACUUAUGGGGGCAGAGGAGACCUCUCUGGGGCUACUGAGGGCUGGUGUCCUUUGUCAGAGAUGCACACGCUUUGUCUUGGAGCAGCACACACUCUGCUUGUGGCUGGAAUACUGCCGGGGGGGGGGGAGUUGAAGUCCACUUUGAAGGCCAAGGUUGUGGCCACUGAGAAGCCCCCCCCCCCCGAUUUUCCUGCCCUCUGUGGAGGGGGCAGGAAGAUCUCCUCUGUCCAAUGCCACUCAUGUGCUGUCAAUCUUUCUUCUAUUAGUCCUGGGUUUUUUUUGGGGGGGGGGAGGAAGCACCUCUUCAGCUGCAAUUCCCACACUGCAGGGGGUUGGACUAGAUGACCCUUGGGGUCUCUUCCAGCUCUACAAUUCUAUGAAAUGGGGCUACUCCUACGACACCCAGAAGGGCAAUAUGUCUAAAUAUCGUUCAGUGGGGCUUCCCCCGCCCCCGGGGAGAUGGGCGGAAGAGGGGCAAGCCUCCUAUCUCUGCGGCUGCAAUAUCCUAUUUUUAACACACACUACAAAAAAACCACUGUAACCUGCUUGGGGAAGCUGAUGGAUGGGGCUUGGCUCCGCCUGUUGGCUGCUACUGUCCCCUGACCCCCUUGCUUUCUCACUGCGGCCAAAGGCCUGCCCCCUAUUAGCAAUCCUGUGGAAAUCCCAAGAGGGGGCACCUCAUGGUGCACUCUCUUCCCCCACCCCCACUUCGGACGUCACAAGCUUUGCACGAGCACAGCAUGGGUUGGGCUAGAUGACCCUUGGGGGUCCCUUCCAACUCUACAAUUCUAGGGUUCUAAGUGGGUCUGUCCAGCCCUUCCAAAACUGCUUUUUGUGGUGUGUCCCCUGAGGGCUUUCUUGUGGUUUUUUUUCCCUCCUUUCAUGAGAGGGAUUUGUGGGGUGUAUGUAUGGGGCAGGGGGUGCCUGUCUGUGUGUGUCCAUGUGCGUGUGGGGAGGGGGGGCUGAGUGGCUGCUGCCCCUGGAAAUGUGGCUGAAGACCCUCUACCGUUAUCCUGUUCCAAUAAAGGUGGGAACAACCCACCGCAUCUCUCAA